UAUAUACCUUUUUUUCUUUCUCUUUCCGAGAGUGUUCUAAUUAAGCAGUGAGUAAUAAUGGAGAGGAAAAUGCACAAUCCUACUUCUUCCACAGUGUUGACAAUAUUGCUACUUGGAGUGCUUUCUCAAAACCUUGUCGUCCCUGUAACAUGCACUCCCACCUCCUCACCAACUCCCUUCACUGGAACAAGCUACUAUUGGAGCAGUAACCCAGGAAGGAUAAAGGAGGUGCUAGGGUGGGUGGGAACCAUAGGCAGUGCAUUUGGUGUGGGUAGUAGUAAUAAUAAGAUUCCAAGCAAUGUGAGCUUGGUACAUGCACUUUCCAACACUACAAGUGAUGGGCUAGGAGCACUGUGCAGAGAAGGGACAGCUUCCUUUCUCAACUCCUUGGUCAACAACAAGUUCCCUUAUACAACCCCACAAGUCAGAGACACUUUUGUAGGAUCUCUUGUCUCAGAUAUCGCUGCAGCAGCACAAGCCAACCUCUUCUUUAAUGGUGUUCUGUGA